AUGGGCAGCCUCGACUAUACCUCCCUUCAAAACAUCCCUAUUAGCUACGCAACAUGCUCGCUCGGAUCACCAUCAAACCCUCCACCUCUCCUUGACCGCCUAAAUGCCAUAGCCGCCGCAGGCUUCACCGCCGUCGAGCUUUCUUUCCCGGACAUCCUCUCCUAUGGCCAAACACUACUCGGCCAUGAAGUCGAACCGUCCAACUACGAUGAGCUGUGCAAAGUAGCGGGCGAGAUCAAAAAGGAGUGCGAUAAAAGGAACCUCGGGAUCAUGAUGUUGCAGCCGUUUGCCAACUACGAAGGCUGGCCCGAAGGUUCCGAUGGCCGCAAAGACGCCAUGGAGCGGGCCCGCGGCUGGGUCCGCAUCAUGCAGGCGUGCGGGACAGAUCUGCUGCAAGUCGGAUCGACGGAUUCACCACUCGAGAAGCUAGACAAAAGCAAAAUGGUCUCCGACCUCCAGGUUCUCUGCGACAUGCUCAAGGAACACAACUUCCGAUUGGCCUAUGAGAACUGGUGUUGGUCGACGCACGCGCCUGACUGGAAAGAUGUCUGGACCAUUGUCCAGCAGGUAGACCGUCCAAACAUCGGCCUUUGUCUUGAUACUUUCCAGACUGCUGGUGGAGAGUGGGGUGAUCCUAGGACGGCCUCUGGUCUGCGAGAAGAUGUAUCAAGAGACGAGAUGGAAAAGCGAUUCCACAAGAGCCUGGAGGAGCUGAGCUCCACCAUCCCCAAGGACAAGAUCUACCUCCUGCAAAUUAGCGAUGCCUACAAAGUCCCCCAAGCCUUCAAUGAUGAGCGUGACGAUGCAGGUUUGCUGCCUCGUGGACGAUGGAGUCACGACUUUAGACCUCUACCUUACAACGGAGGUUACCUACCGGUUGCUGACGUUGCGAGGGCAGUGCUCAAGACGGGAUUCAGAGGCUGGUUCAGCUACGAGGUUUUUGACGGAGGUGCAGAUGGCAAGGCUACGGAUGUUGACAUUAUGGCUUAUGCGCAUGCUGCCAAGAAUGUACAAGACAGGCUGCUGCAGGAGUGUGCUGGCCACAAGGUUCCGGAAGGGAUUGCAACAAGGUAG